GCCGCCGCGAUGGAACAGUUUCUUUUCUCCUCAACUGAUCAAGUGACCAACUUUCCUACCCAGUUUCCUACCGUCUUUCGUUCUCAACUUCGCCUCGGCGAUUUACAUUCUUUUGAGUCUGGAAACUCGUUUUUGCGAUCUGGAAUCCAUUCUUUAGCAAACUACCCAGCCAAGUAUUCUUAAAUCCAACACUACCAUUACCACCACCACCGCCAAAAUGAAGACCACCCUGAUCGUCGCCGCCAUUAUCUCUCUCUCUUUCGCGGCGCCUGCCCGUCGCCCCGCCGUCGUCCCCCGCGCCGCAAACCUCCAAACCUUUACCGGCGCACUAAACGGCAUUGCCGCAACCCCUGUGGUCGACUCUGGAAACCCAGACCGCCCGUUCCAAGUUAAGGGUGACACCUUCGUGAAUAUUGGGGCUGCAUUGCAGCGCAGCUGUGAUCAGCAGUUUAACGCGUGCGCGAAUGCUGCGAAUGGGGGUGCGGCGGGGUUGAGUGUCAAUGAUUGCCAGGGUCAGAAAGAUCAGUGUGAUGCUGCAAGCUCUGGUGCCGCUGCCAAUGCUGGUAACGCGAAUGCUGGCAAUGGCAAUGGCAAUGCCGGGAACGCCAACACUGGUAAUGCAAAUGCCGGCAACGCAGCCCCUGCCACUGGGAAGUCGUGCAAGGCGAAGAAGCACUAAGCAGGAGGAUUGUGAGAGGUCUUCGUGUUUGGUGCGUGGACUUGGUGGACGUUAAGAUGUUUGGAAAAUGCGUUUGGAGUGGAGUGAGAUAAAGGCUGAUGGCUAGAUUUGGUGUUAACCUUCUCCGAUGUUUAAAUUUAACCGUGUAUUAAAGAAAUGAGAAAUGUUUU